AUGUGGGACACAACCAAAGAGGAGGAGGCGAGCUACAGCGACAACGAGGUAUGUCUGCUCGCGGGAGAGGAAUCUUCAUCCUUCGUUGUGGCGGAGAAGGAGCAAGGUUGGCGUGAAACGAUGGACAAAGAAAUGCAAAGCAUCAUCGCCAACAACACCUGGGAGCUGAGCGAGCUCUCACCUGGUCACCGCGCGAUCAGUCUAAAGUGGGUGUACAAAUUGAAGAAGGGCACCCAAGGCGCCGUGGUGAAGCACAAGGCGCGCUUGGUGGAAAAGGGCUAUGUCCAAGAGCAAGAGGUCUUCGCGUUGGUCGCAGGCAUGGACUCGGUGCGCAUCCUUAUCGUGCUCGUGGCGCACCACGGCUGGCAGGUACACCAUAUGGAAGUCAAGUCAGCCUUCCUGAAGGCCGACCUGCUCGAGGAGGUCUACGUGCAGCAGCCGCCGGAGUAUGCCGUGGCUGGCCAGGAGGGCAAGGUGUUGCGCCUCUGCAAGGCGCUAUACGGUCUCCGCCAACGGCCGAGGGCCUGGAACGCGAAGUUGGACGAGAGCCUGUGCGUGGUGGGCUUCGAGCGCUGUUCGUCGCAACACGCGGUGUACCAACCCGGCUCAGGUGGCUCGCUCCUGAUUGUCGGAGUCUACGUAGAUGAUCUCAUCAUCACGGGCACGGCCAGAAUGGAGAUCGACUCCUUCAAGCAGAUCAACCUGGGCAAGCUUAGCUACUACCUGGGAUCGAGGUUCAUGGAGAAGCCUGCCUCCGACCACUACGCCGUGGUGAAGCAUCUCUUGCGGUAUGUGGCGGGGACACUGAAUCACAGCUGCGCAUAUGGGCGCAGCGAAGGAACGCUGCAGCUAACCGACUAUAGUGGCUCGGAUCACUCUGGGGACACGGACGACAAGAAGAGCACGACGGGUGUGAUCUUCUUCCUCGGCAGGAGCCCGAGGAUGAUGGGUGAUAGGCUCUUGCUGCUGCUGGUGGCGUUCAUGGCACUGGUGACGUUGACAACGGCGACGGAGUACAACGUGAUGGAAUAUGGCGCAAGGCCCGACGGUGGGACUGACUCGGCGGGGGCGUUCCAGGCCGCGUGGGGCGCUGCGUGCAAUGACACGGGGAGCUCCGGCUCGCGGCCGGUGUUGUGCGUGCCGGCGGGCAGGUUCCUGCUCAGCCGGGCCUACUUCAAGGGGCCCUGCCGGAGCGCCGGCGUGGUCGUGGCCAUUGACGGCAAUGGCACAGUCUUCGCUCCGCCGGCCGUGGACGGCAGGGCGUGGAUCAUGUUCCACCAUGCCGACGGCCUGGCGAUCCACGGCGGGACGCUGGAUGGGCAAGGGCAGGAGUAUUGGGCGUGCAAGAAGGCCGGCAGGUGCACCGCCGGGCAAGGCCCCAGGACGCUGGACAUUAGCCAGUCCAAGGGCGUGAGCGUGAAGCAGAUGACGCUGCUCGACAGCAAGGAAUUCCACAUGGUUAUCUUCGAUUGCACCAACGUGACGUUCCAAGGCGUCCGGAUCAUCGCGCCGGCCGACAGCCCCAACACCGACGGCAUCCACGCCAGCCGCUCCCGCCACGUGAGCAUCCUCAACACCACCAUCGGCACCGGCGACGACUGCGUCUCCUUGGGGCCCGGCACCUCCGACAUGCUCAUCAGGGACAUCACCUGCGGUCCGGGCCACGGCAUCAGCAUCGGGAGCCUGGGAUGGCAGGCCGGUGAGGAGGAGGUGAGGAACGUGACCGUGGAUAGGGCGGUGCUGACGGGCACGACCAACGGCCUGCGGAUCAAGACGUGGGGGACGCCCAACUCCGGCUCCGUCGUGAACGUCUCCUUCUCGAGGGUCACCAUGCAACGCGUGGCCAACCCCAUCCUCGUCGACCAGAACUACUGUCCCCGCAAGGCCGACUGCCCGGGCAAGAGCUCCGGGGUGCAGAUCAGCAACGUGUCGUACACGGAAAUCGAGGGCACGUCGAUGACACCCGUCGCGGUGAAGUUUAACUGCAGCGACACCAACCCCUGCAGUGGGAUCAACCUCAGGAACAUCAGGCUCACGUACCGGCACAAGCGGCCGGCGCAGGCCAAGUGCCAAAACGUCGGCGGGUCCGCGUCCGGAGAGAUGGAGAAUAUUUGUGUAAAAUCACAAGGUUAUAACUUUUGA